UAAUGGUUAGACCAGGCUCAACUAUGCCUGCAAAAAUAAGGGAAAGCACAAGGUUUUAUCCUUAUUUUAAGGAUUGCAUUGGAGCUAUUGAUGGUACACAUAUUCCCGCAUCAGUAAAAGGACGAGAUGUAAGCAGUUAUCGUGAUCGUCAUGGAAAUAUAUCACAAAAUGUAUUAGCUGCUUGUAACUUUGAUUUGGAAUUCAUGUACGUUCUUAGCGGGUGGGAGGGUUCAGCACAUGAUUCCAAGGUGUUAAGUGAUGCUUUGGCAAGGAAUUCUGAUGAAUUUCCAGUGAAACUUACUGACGAGUCUUCAUCUUCAUCUUCAGUGUUACCAAAUUACGAAGAUAAUGAUCAUGAACCCAUUGUUCAAACACAAGAGCAGGAACGAGAAGAUGCUAAUAUAUGGAGGACUAAUAUAGGUUCAGAUAUCUGGCACAAUUCAAUCUUGGCAGCACAAGUCUUAAAAGGCUCAAGCCCACUCACUUCUACAUGCUCAGAAGCAUUUCUAGUUGUUGCAAAUGGGUUUGGGUUGCACUUUUUGAAAUAA